AUGGACGAAGACUUAACAGCUUCCCAUUGGGACGAUAUCCUUUCGCCCUCGACACAGCUCUCGUCUACGAAGUAUUCUACGCUAGAGUCUGGCUUUGCUGGGGUAAACCUCAAUUCCCAUUCAGAUAGUGACAAGGAUGAAAACGACGAGAAUGGCUCGGAAAGCGGCGAAUCAAACCCUGCUCAAGAAGAACAAGCUGUCCAUUAUGAUUCCAAGUUUGGUGAUACUUCCGUCUUCAAUCAGUUGGAAAGAGAACAAUUGUCUGAACUCCAAAAGGAGGAACGAAAGGAACAUACGUCACAGUUGCUCUCGCAGCUUACAAGUGGGACCGAUAGCAUCGAUCUCGAGAAUAAUAGCUCAUUGCUUAGCAAAGUUGAACCCGGUGAGUCUUUGUUUCGCGAUAAAGGUAAUGCCCCACUUGCUGUCAGUAGUGAUAAUCAUCAACCUUCAGGAGAAGUUGUCACGUCGCCGUCAAAAUCUUCGCAAUUGAAAAAUGGUCAAUUUAAAGCACAUAGGAAAAGACGCUAUCCUUCACUGACUGUGAUCAAACAUUUGGGGAGCUCUCAAUCUUCUGAUACCGAUCCAUUGGGACCGUUAGGUGCAGAGUCUACGUCUGAACACACUACAGGCCAAGCGACAGGAGGCAAAGCUAGCCUUUUGGUUCAGGCUGCUGAUGCACCACUAUAUAAUAUCAUUCCUGAAAGCGCAGAAGCUCGUCUUCAAAGAUUAGCCUCACCGUCAGAUGUAAAAUCUCCGGUACGUGGUGAUAGUACUUCAUCUGGCGUUGACGGAAACGAUUUGGAAAUAAGCGUGGGCGACCCAGUGAAGGUUGGAGAUAUAGCCACAGCUCACAUCGUUUAUGCCAUACGGACCAAAAACAAGAAUCCUUCCUCAAGCUUCUUUCCUAAUAAUUCAAAUUACAUUACUUCUUCAAGAAGGUACAGAGAUUUCAGAUGGAUAUACCAUCAACUUCAACACAAUCAUCCUGGGCUCAUAGUGCCUCCUCCACCAUCGAAGCAGACUUACAUCGGAAGAUUUAAUGAAAACUUCAUUGAGAAUAGAAGAUUGUCGCUUGAAAAGAUGCUUGCCAAGAUUAGUAAAGUGCCAGCUCUUGCCAACGAUCCUGAUUUUGUUAUGUUUCUUACCAGCGAAGACUUUGCAGCUCAAUCAAAAGAAAGAGAACAAAUCAGCGGUACAGCGCCCAUGAACAAAACGGAUGAUGAUGCUAGUUCAACUUCUUCUCCGGCUGUAAUCUCGGGCUCCACAUCGACAGGCUUUAUGAGCUCCCUCUUUUCUAUGACUACAAAAGUGCAGGAGCCAGAUGAUUUCUUCUCCAAGAAAAAAUCAUACAUUGACGAUCUAGAGCACAACUUAAAAACCGUUUACAAAUCCUUGGAACUUAUUGCCAACCAAAGAGCUGACAUUGUUGCGGUGGUUGAUGAAAUUGCAUCAACAAUUGAUGCGCUAGCAGAUUUAGAGAUACUGAAGGUGACUUCGGAGCUUUUAGGGGCAUUUGCUGAAGUACAUAUCAAGUUGAAGGAGAAUCUUGAACGCGUCAAUUUGCAGGAUCAAUUGACUCUUGGUUUCACCAUUGAAGAGUACUUGCGUAUCAUUGGUUCCGUAAAGUAUGUUUUCGAGACAAGAACUAACAUUUACACCCAAUUGAGUAACCUUGAUCUGGAAUUACAAAAGAAACAAGAAGCGUUAGACAAACUUAACAUGAAGUACAAAUCAUCCGAGGAGAAGCGAAACAUGUUGGCCUUUGAAGUGGAUAAACUAAAGCAAAAAGUCUCUCACUUCGAAAAAAGUUUUCAAUCUAUAACAGAAACCAUAAAGUCUGAAUUAGACAAAUUCGAAGUGGAGAGGAUUGAGGAUUUUCGUAACAGCGUUGAAAUCUUCAUUGAGAGUUCUAUCGAGUCGCAAAAGGAAGCGAUUGAGCUAUGGGAGACCUUUUAUGAGAGGCAUAACCUAGACAAGAUUUGA